GUCAUAGGGAUCGCUGUUUAUAAAUGUAACUUUUUUAGGAGGGAAUCUGUGUCUCUAAUCUGACUAAAUAAUGUCAAGAGGCUCCAGUGCAGGAUUCGACCGACACAUUACCAUCUUUUCUCCCGAAGGGAGACUUUAUCAAGUCGAAUAUGCAUUCAAAGCCAUCAACCAAGGAGGCCUCACUGCUGUUGCUGUACGGGGCAAAGACUGUGCGGUGGUCGUCACUCAGAAGAAAGUACCAGACAAACUUCUCGAUGCCUCAACUGUCACACACUUGUUUAGAAUAACAGAGAAUAUCGGGUGUGUGAUGUCAGGGAUGACAGCUGACAGCAGGUCCCAGGUUCAAAGGGCACGGUACGAGGCCGCAAACUGGAAGUAUAAGUAUGGUUAUGAGAUCCCAGUGGACAUGUUGUGUAAGCGGAUCGCUGACAUCUCUCAAGUGUACACACAGAAUGCUGAGAUGAGACCCCUAGGUUGCUGCAUGAUUGCCAUUGGUAUAGAUGAGGAGUGGGGGCCGCAGGUCUAUAAGUGUGAUCCCGCUGGUUAUUACUGUGGCUUUAAGGCCACCGCUGCAGGCGUCAAACAAACAGAAGCCACAAGCUUUCUGGAGAAGAAGGUGAAAAAGAAAUUAGACUGGACCUUUGAUCAAACAGUAGAGACAGCAAUCACGUGUCUCUCCACGGUGCUUUCCAUUGACUUCAAGCCCUCAGAGCUGGAGGUGGGGGUUGUGACAAAAGAAGAUCCGAAAUUCAGGAUUUUGUCAGAGUCUGAGAUAGACACCCACCUCGUGGCUCUCUCAGAACGGGAGUAAAACGGGACGUCUCUCUGUAUCCCGGUAACCUCGUGAAGAAAAAAACCCUCGGAAGCACUACAGCAAAUCCUAUGAAUUCAGGUCAAGAACAGUCACCUCAGCUCUUUGCUGUUUAUUUUGCUUUUUUUCGUGUAGCAAUUCAAUUAAAGAUGAUGUUUUUCAGAAUCUGCAGGAUUUGUUA